AUGCCAGCAACUCCCGAACUGUAUAACGUUGUCAAUAAUAUUAAUCAUAAUGAUAGAAAUAAUAUCAACACCCUUAAUCAAAACAGAAACAACUACAACAACAAUAACGGCGACAAUGGAUUUCAAGAUUACAUAAUCCUUCAGAGCAAAAAUAGCUCAAAUGUAACGCAACAGCAAAAUUAUCAACUGAGUCAACCAAACAAAAACAGCUUACAAUUUCAAAAAUCGCCGAACGUAUGUUUCCAACAACAUCAAGAAUUAAACGACUUUUCUAUAAACAAUUCUCAAUACUCACAAGAUGAAUUUACAAGUGAGCUUGAUCACAAACCUUACAACGUUCAUUCAGCUAUGACAUCCAUAGAAAUCAAAGAAUGGUUACUGAAAAAUCAAUUUGAAAGUUAUGCGCAAUACUUUGAAUGUUUUACAGGGGUCGGAAGUGAUUACUCAUGCAUCGUCGAACUUGCAAAAUGUCUAAAUCUUUUAAAACAAAAGUACCUGAUGUCGAAACAGUUAACAACACACAACAACAAUUUGAACACACGUCUAAUCAUCAACAACUCCAAAUCCUCUCCCAGGUACCAAGCUGCCGAGAACGCAGUCAGUGGGCUGAAGUAA